GCUGUGGGUAAAUCCCUGCAUCGGGUGCUCGCGAGGGCUGUUGUGAUGGCUCAGGCAUAGGUGAACUAACGUGUCUCGUCUACUAAUCGCAAACCCACGACAGCGGCGGUUUUUAGAGCCGGUAUAUAGUCGCUUUCGCCUCGGACGACUUCCACGUGCCCUCAUCGACAUUGACGACCUCGAUCACGACAUGGAGUCAUCAUCGAGCGCAACACCGGCUGAUACUCGGGGUUCAACGCCUCACUCGGCAAGCGUAGGCACGUUCUCAUCAACGCCUGACUCACUCGGGACACCAGUCGCGCCAGCAGCAACAGCAGAGCCUGAAAUAGUCCCACAGCUUCAGAACAUCGUCUCAACAGUCAACCUCGACUGCAAGUUGGACCUGAAGAAGAUCGCCUUGCAUGCCCGGAAUGCGGAGUACAAUCCCAAGCGUUUUGCUGCCGUCAUCAUGCGCAUCCGAGAGCCCCAAACCACAGCUCUGAUCUUUGCCUCGGGGAAGAUGGUGUGCACCGGAGCCAAAAGUGAAGAUCAAUCAAGGAUGGCAGCGAGAAAGUAUACCCGGAUCGUCCAGAAGUUGGGCUUUGACGUGAAGUUUCUCGCUUUCAAGAUUCAGAACAUGGUCGGCAGCUGCGAUGUCCGUUUUCCCAUAGAUCUGGAAGAGCUUCAACGGGUGCACAGCCAAUUUGCGAGUUACGCGCCAGAGCUGUUUCCAGGACUUUUCUACCGCAUGGUCAAGCCCCGUGUUGUCCUGCUUAUCUUCGUAUCGGGAAAAAUCGUGCUCACAGCACACUGGGCGAAACCAACGAAGCAGUACCUCUCAGUGUGUCAGCGUUUCCAACGUAGAAUAGCUAGCGCCAAAGAAAUACUACGCUUGCGUUGGUGUUAACAAAAGCCACUGGAUUCACUGCCGCGAAAAUAUUUCUCGUGAGUUCUGUGCUGACGAGCAAUGUAGUGCUUCAGCAUCGGUGUGUUUUUUUUGUAGCGUGUACUGCCUGUCUGGAAUAAAAUACAUGAUAUUAGA